UUGUGUUUACUUUUGGUUGCUCGACGGACGGAGCGAUUGUUAUUCAAAUGAGACCAAAUUUAGUCCUCUUUGUGACCAUUGUGCAUUUGUAAUCAUAUUAUGCAAUUUUAAGUUGGGCCAUGGGAGUGCACGGACUUUGGAGGCUGCUGGAGAGCACAGGGAAACCCAUUAAUCCAGAGACUCUGGAGGGUAAAAUUCUUGCUGUUGAUAUCAGUAUAUGGCUGAAUCAGGCCGUGAAGGGCGUGCGAGACCGUGAAGGCAACAGUGUCCGGAACGCUCACCUUCUCACUCUCUUCCACCGCAUUUGCAAGCUGCUCUUUUUCCGCAUCAGGCCAGUGUUUGUGUUUGAUGGCGAUGCUCCACUGCUGAAGAAACAAACUCUGGCCUUGAGGAGGCAAAGGAAGGAAGAGUUGAGUCAAGAAUCCAAAAAGACGAAUGAGAAACUCCUAAAGACAUUCCUGAAGAGACAAGCUAUCAAAGCUGUGCUCGGAGAUAACAGUAAGGAUCCUCUACCAAGCCUAUCCAGUGUGAAGAGAAAUGAAGUGGAUGACAUGUAUGUUCUACCAGCCCUCCCACAGGCAGAUGAGGAGCAGAAAAGCAGUUCAGAGGAGGAGGAAGAGAAAGAGUCUGAAGAUGUGGUUGAUGAUAUGUAUCAGGGGGAGGAAUUUUAUGCGGACCCCAACUCUGUGGACAUCAACUCAGAGGAGUUUGCCUGCCUCCCACUUGAAAUGAAGCAUGAGAUCCUCAAAGACAUGAAAGAAUUUUCAAAAAGGCGUCGGACCCUGUACCACAAACCCCCUGAGCUCUCCAUAGACUUUUCCCAGUACCAGUUGUCCGGCUUACUGCACAGGAACAAACUGAAUCAACGUCUGGAGGGAGUGGAGAAAGAGAUGAACCAGUGCAGUGCCGGCAGCGCACCGCAGCUCUACGAACAGGACCAGCAGAAAUGUGACGUUGAGUCACGUCGACUUGUUUCAGAAGACAACUCUCACUACAUCCUCAUUAAAGGUUCUACAAAAAGUAAAGCACCCUCAGAAGGCCAACCUGCCUCUGCACCCUGGACUGGGAACGCCCUGUCAGGCUUUAUAAAGCAAGCCGUGGACAAACCCAAGCCCUUGUGGUGUCUGGUCUCAGAGGAAGAAGAUAAAAAGCAAGUUUCCUGUUCAGAGGACUGUAAAGCUUCAGUAUCUCAACUCGAUUCGCCCCCUUCGCCUCACACACUGAAAGCUAUCCAGGCGGCCAUGAGUGACAGCUCGGAUGUGGAGACAGUGAAGCAGGAAGAGAGGGAUGUGUGUGUUUCUCCACGUACUCUGCUCGCCAUCCAACGAGCUCUGGCUGAGGAGGAUGAAGUUUAUGGAGUCAAGCAUACGACUCUAAGCAGGAGCUCUGCUACUAAGUUGCAAACCUUCAUCAGUAGUUCAGAGGAGGAGAUGGAACCUGAUGCUAUGAGUAAUGUUGUCCAAGAAAAAUCUAAUUUUGAGGGAAACACAGUAGGAAAAAAAAAACCUGAUGAGUUGUUAGUUAUUGGUUCAGAUUAUAUGGAUGAAGUAAUUGGAAAGAGAAAUAAAGAUUUUCACUUUGCAGCAGCUAUUCAUGAAUUGAAGGAAGGAUCUGACAGGCAAAAUGUGGGGGAUGAGAAGAGUGAGGUGAACAAGGACAAGGAAAUGCUCAACGCGAAACUACUUGACGCAAGGCCAGUAGGUUGUAGUCAGACAAAGCCUGACGAGAGAGGUGACUCAGAGCAGAGAAUGAUGUUUGACAAGGAGCGUCAUGCUCAUUCUGAGGCAGCUGCUUGUGUGUUUGAGCAACUACAAGGAGAACCUCUUUGGGAGGCUCAAAGUCACCUGGAGCUGCCGAAGCAGAGAAAUAAUGAAUCCACUAUUCUACAGAGGAGCCUUGAUGUUAAGACAGAAAGCACAGAUGACAGUGAAUCAGAAGAGAGCUUUGUUGAAGUAUCAGGAGAAGAACAUGAAGAGGAUGCAGACGAGGUCCAUGAAGAUGAGACAAUGCAAGGAGAAAGUCAGUCCAAUGCUGCCACUAUUCCAGAAGAGUCUUUGAAAUUAAAUGGAGAACAAGACAACAAAACACAGACUGAUGAGGAAGAAGAGUUGGACGAGGAAAAGGAGAAAGCGUCCUACUCAGCUCCUGCAAUCAAUGAAUGGCAAGAUUUUGAUGUGGAUGAGCUGCAGUCUCUGGAGAGCUCUCUGCAGGUGGAGCAGAGCAACCUGAAAGAGCAGAAACAGCAGCAGGAGAGGAUGGCCAACACCGUCACAGGGCAGAUGUACCUGGAGAGCCAGGAGCUCCUGCGACUGUUCGGCAUUCCAUUCCUCGUGGCACCAAUGGAGGCCGAGGCACAGUGUGCCGCACUCGACCGAGCCGACCACACCAACGGGACGAUAACUGACGACUCGGACGUUUGGCUGUUUGGAGGGCGACAUGUUUACAAGAACUUUUUCAGCCAGAAUAAAUAUGUGGAGCACUACCAGUACAGUGACCUGCAGAACCAAAUGGGGUUGGACAGGACCAAACUGAUAAACCUGGCUUACCUGCUUGGAAGUGACUACACAGAGGGCGUGCCCGGGGUUGGAUAUGUGACUGGCAUGGAAAUCCUGAAUGAAUUCCCUGGACAUGGGCUGGAGCCACUAACACAGUUCAGUAUGUGGUGGUCAGAUGCUCAAGAGAAAAAGCGUUUGACUGCUGAUCCUCGCGACACAAAAGUGAAGAAAAAGCUGAGGGAGCUCAAACUCCAGCCUGGAUUCCCAAACCCUGCGGUGGCUCAGGCUUACCUGCAGCCUGCAGUGGAUGAGUCGGACAGCUCCUUCAGCUGGGGCCGCCCUCAAAUGGACAUGAUCAAAGAAUUCUGUCAAAGUCGUUUUGGUUGGGCCAGUGGAAAAACCGCAGAGACCCUUCAGCCUGUGAUCAAGCAACUUGACACACAACAGACUCAGAUGCGGAUUGACGCAUUCUUCCGCAUGGAACAACAGGAAAAGCAGGUUAUUCGAAGUCAGCGUCUACGACGUGCCAUCACCUGCAUAAAAAGAAAGGAGAACGAAGACGGAGAUGUGGAAUCUGACGAGGAAAUUGCGUCACCAUCCAAAUCCAAGAAAGGCAAAACAAUAGAACAGGGCCAGAAGAAAGCCGAAAAUCAAAAAAUGAGAGAACUGGCUGGGUGUGUGGGGAGAGGAGGGUUUUUGGGUUCUGAGGAAAUUGGAGAAACUGUGAUUACAUCUCUGAAUGAUGUAAGCUGCACUAGGCAGGAGUCACACUUGACAAAGGCUAACAAGACUGUACCACAGCACAUGAGACAGAGCAGCAGCAGCUCUGGUGAGGACAGCGAAGAUAAUUAUGAUAAAGUUGCUAUGGUUACUGCCCAAUCUGUGUUCAAGGGAAGCAUGAGAGGUCGUGGUAAUAAAAGCAGGCGAGGAAGAGGACGAGGAAAGAAAAACUGAAACUUAAUUUUCAAGAGAAAUUCCAUCCAUUUUCUACACUGCUUAUCCUCACUAGAGUCGCGGGCGUGCUGGAGCCUAUCCCAGCUAACUGCGGGCAGGAGGCGGGGUACACUCUGAACUGGUUGCCAGCCAAUCGGCACAUAUAAGCAAACAACCAUUCGCACUCACAUUCAUACCUACGGACAAUUUAGAGUCUUCAAUUAACCUACCACGCAUGUUUUUGGGAUGUAGGAGGAAACCGGAGUACCCAGAGAAAACCCACGCAGGCAGAGGGAGAACAUGCAAACUUCACACAUGCGAGGCCGGAUUUGAACUCGGGUCCUCAGAACUGGAUGUGCUAACCAGUCUUUCACCGUACCGUCUUUCAAGAGAAAUGAUUUUUGCAAAUUUUUUAGCAAUGUAUUUAAAACACUGCAUUGUUUAGACUGUAAUAAUGGAUUGUCUAUUAAUUAAAUUGAGAAAUAUGCAUAUUCCUGAAAACAUUGUGAAGGCUUUUUGUAUGCCAAGAUUGACAUAUUUGAAACAAAGUACCAGUCAAAUGUGUGAACACA